CUCAUCGUCACUCGAUGGAGACUGGAGAGGCAUAUAUUCUUAACUAAUGUUAAAAUUCAAAUGGUAACAUCACACUGCUAAUGAUGAUGGAGCAAAAUAAGUGGAAAAGUUGCGGAGCUCCUUGGAACAUUGGUGGGAGAUUACCAUUGUAGGUCAGAGUUCAGAUAUGCAGCUGGGACGGGUGCGAGGUCUUGUCCCCAACUUCUUACAGUUUCUUUUCGUUUAUCCGCUUGCUGAUAUUGCUACAUCAAGUGGUUUGAUGGAAAGCAGCUGCUAACGACAUUUAGCAAAUUUUCUUAACCUCUCUGCCCCUACAACAGUUCAGAUAAGGCCUAACUACCACAGUUUUUACACUGUCUCGACAACCACGUGUGCAAGUUAGGAACAUGGCUGACGACGAGGACACGACUGGAUUUGCUAAGCUGAAAGGGAGUAAACAGACUAAAAGGGCUCCGAGAUAUUUUGAUGAAAGUAGUGUUAAAGCGUCUACCAGCGACAAGCACGAGACUAACAAGCCUUUAGAGAGGAAGUCUGAAGAUAAGAAGAAGAAAUCUGGCAAGAAAAGGGCGUCUGCGCCAGACAGUGACCAUGUGGACCGUAAACGUGGGAAGGAGACCUGGGACUCAGACGAGGAGAAGGACCCGUUUCCGGGCGAAGCACCUAUCAAGGAAGAGGCCCUGGCACGGUACACAAGGGGAGAAGGCAACAAAAUCAAGAUCCGAGCUAAAACUGCUGGACCAAAGCUGGAGCGGAAAACAAUGGAGAAGAAGUUCCACCUAGCAGCUCAACAGGCAGCCAGAGCAGAGCUGUUGCUGGGUGAGGAUCAUGGUUACCUGGAAGCAUCAGAUGAUGAAGAUACAAGUCAGCUGUCACAGACAGACAUAGCAGAUGCAGUGGAUAUCAGUGCAGCACAGAAGCACUUUGACCUGAAGCUGGACAAAUUUGGUCCCUACAGGAUGAACUACACACGGAAUGGGCGGUUCCUGGUCAUUGCAGGAAGAAGGGGUCACGUGGCAGCCUUGGAUUGGAUGAGUAAGAAACUUCUGUGUGAGAUCAAUGUGAUGGAGGGGGUGCAUGAUGUGAAGUGGUUGCAUGUGGAGACCAUGUUUGCGGUGGCCCAGCAGAGGUGGACAUACAUCUACGACCAUCAGGGAGUUGAACUACACUGUCUUAAGAAAUUCAACAAUGUUCUUAAGAUGGAAUUUCUCCCCUACCACUUCCUCCUUGCAACAGCUAGCUCCACUGGUUUCCUGCAGUACUUGGAUGUGUCCCUUGGGAAAGAAUUAGCUGCCUUCAAUGUGAAACAGGGCUGCUUGAAUGUCAUGACCCAAAAUCCACAGAAUGCAGUCGUUCACCUUGGUCAUGCCAAUGGCACCGUUACACUAUGGAGUCCCAACGUCAAGGAGCCACUCGCCAAACUGUUGAGUCAUGUCACUGCAGUACGUUCCAUUGCCGUGGACAAGACAGGGACCUAUAUGGCUACGUCCGGGCAGGACCGUUACAUGAAGGUCUUUGACAUCCGUGCCUUGAAACCGCUGCAGGUUUACCGCAUGUCUGCCGGGGCUGGACAGCUGGCCUUCAGUCAGACAGGGUUGGUUGCAGCUGCUCUUGGAAAUGUGGUAGAGGUGUACAAGGACUGCUGCAGCAAUGUAGCCGAAAAGCCUUACCUCACCCAUCGUCUGCGCAACAAUAUAACAGGUCUGCAGUUCUGUCCAUACGAGGACGUUCUGGGCGUCGGCCACCAAGAUGGAUUCACAAGUCUUCUCAUCCCCGGUGCAGGUGAGGCAAACUUUGAUGCCUUCGAGAACAACCCUUACCAGACAAAGAAACAACGUAGAGACUACGAAGUGAAGAUGUUACUGGAGAAGAUCCAGCCAGAGAUGAUCGGACUUGAUCCAGGUGGAGUAGGACAGGUCAGUCAGCUCACAGCUCAGGAAGUGGAGAAAAGGGAGCAGGAAGCCAUUCAGAAGAAGUUCGAGCCUGCCAAGAAAAAGAAGGGCAGGAGCAAGUCCCUAAAGACAGUACAAAGAACAAAGGGUGUAGAGGAGGAGUGGAGAAGGAUGAAAGUGAGACAGAAGAUGAGGGAGGAAGAAGAGAAACGAAAGAAACAACAGAAAGAUCACAAAAAGAAGGACAAGUGGGGCUCAGCUUUGGAUCGUUUUCAAAAAAAAGAAAACUGACUCAAAUGUAUGGAAUGAUUGUCAUGAUCAUUUUCAGUAAAGCACCAUCAGUAAAGCUCAUAUAUCUGACUACAAAUGUAAUGUUGACUUGUAAUGCUGUCUCUCAAUACUUAUAACACUAAUUAACAGACGGCAAAAACAAAGAACUCCCUGGUAAAUAUUCAAGAGGACAGUAGUGAUUUGAAGUAAUGUUGAAUUUCGUUUUUUGAUAUUGAAAGUAAUCCAAAAUUCCUGUAGGUACCAAGAUGAUCUUUGUUGGUUAUAUUUUGAUAUUGAAAUCAAUGUAUAGAUUUAAGAUUUAGGAUUUCCAAUUGUAUCUGGGGAUAUGGCAGUGAAAGAACUUUACAUGUUGAAGUCAUCAUGUAAUUUUAUAUAUAUAAUACUAUGGGCUGUAGAUCUAACUAGUAAUAAAUGUGUUCCAUGUUAGGACCGUGUUAGAUUGGUUAUAUCCCACUGCCACUUUUUUCAUAUAAUUUCUGGCAGUAGUUUACUAGUUACAUGUAGUUAGAUUUAGACAACUACCAGUAGAAAAAUCAAAUGAUGCUACCUGGAUCAGGGGACAAGGUGCGCUGUAUCCCGUAACUUGAGAAUUAAUAACAGAUUGGAAAUACAA